CUUUACAGGUGAAGCCUAAACUACAGAGGAUAGAGCUUGUGAAGUAUGGCCCUGGGUUGUUGGUUGGUAAACUGGACACAACAGCAAUGUGUAUAGGUAAUAAUGAAAUAUGGCAUGGUGAGUUGGACCUUCUUGCGGGCAAUGAGUCGGCUGCUAUUCAAGUGAACACAGCAAACAAUGAUGAGGAAGAAGAAAGUGUAGAUCAAGAACUUAUAGACACACCUGGUUAUCGGCCAAAUAUGGAUAUGAAAAAUGACUGUAUAUACAGAGGGCAAGACCUUUGUCAGAUAGUUGGCCAAGCAAUAGUUUUUGCAUGGACAGAAUACAAUAGACAUCCAGAGAAGAGUCCCUUAAUCCCAACUAUAUUGAUCAGGCAUGAGGACUUCACUUUUUUUAUAUAUAAUCCCAAAACAGAUGAGUUGUAUUCACCGCGAGAACUGACUAAGUUGAGACCUGAUGAAAAUUCACCUGAUAAAUAUGCAGGCAUUGUCCUGAUGUGGAUUUUGCUAAACCAUCAUUUGUUUUUUCGACACAAACUGACCGUCAACAAAGUCAUUGCGUCUGGAUUUUCCAAAUCAAACAUUUCAAAGUACAGUUUGAUAAAUGAAUUUGUUAAAAAAAUUAAACCAAUCAGAAAUCCUUAUGAAUUUGUUAUAUCAGCUGGAAGAAGAGGACUAUUGCAAAGAGAUAAUCUUGAAUAGGAAUUUUGCAGGGUUUGGUGGAUCAAAGUGAAGCUUAUCUGUUCUAUGUAAUACAAUAUUGUAAUAUAGAGGAACACUCAAUUUAUCCAAAACUGUUUGACUGAUAAAACUUAAACUUAGUGUUUGCAUAGCUGGACAUGUGAAAAAUUAUUUGUGUUAUUUUUUAUUAGCUCGACUUUUUUUUAAAGUAAAAAAUAGAAGCAUUGUUGCAGUCAUGGUGCAGUUCCUGUAGCUGUCCACAAACUUUAACCUUGAUCAUAUAAGUUGUUGUUGUAGUUGGCUUCAUUCAUACUUGGCCACAACAACUCUUGGGACAAGACCUUUAAGUAGACCAAACUAAUCUUGUCCAUCAUUCAUAAAUGACCUAGCUAUAGACCUUCAAGGUCAAAUGUCUAAAUUUUGCUUGAUUUUUGCUGAUUUAUGCUAUUUGUGGCUAAAACUUUGGUAUUUGUUUAUUGAUUGUCUUCAGAUACCUUCAGGCUUACACACAAAAUCUUUUAGAACAGACCUUCAAGUUAACCAGACAAGACUUUGACCGUCAUUCAUAAAUGACCCUUGAAGUCAAAUUAUUGAAAUUUUCUCCUUUUUUGCUGGACAAGACCUUUAAGAUUUAACAGAUUUUGACCUUAAGCUUUAAAUGACCUUGACUAUCAGUGUCAAAUCAUUGAAUUUUGGUCACAUGGUCAUAAUUUUGUGCAGAUUUGAUGUAUUCAUAGAUGAAACUUGACUUGCUACCAAACAAAUAUAUUGAAUAAUAUUAAAUUGUUAAACCUUGACCUUUAAUUUACCUUGACUGUCAGGGUCAAAUUAAUAAAAUUCUCUUGUUUUUAGCUCACCUGUCAUCACUUUUCGUCUGUUGUCCGUUAUCGGAUCCUUGCCAGUCCGUAAACUUUUACUUUAAAUAUAACUGAUUUCUCUACAUAAACUGCGAAGCCAAUUUCAUCCAAACUUAACAGGAUGUGCCUUUGGUGGUCACCUUAAAAUGUUCAAAGAAUUUAAUUCCAUGCAGAACUCUGGUUGCCAUGGCAACCAAAAGAAAAAAACUUAAAAUAUCUUCUUUUGAAAAAAGAGCUAAGAUAUUUGGCAUGAAACAUCUUCUAGUGAGUGUCUAUCAAGUUUGUUCAAUUUAAAGCCCUGGGUCAAAUUGGCCCCGCCUUAAAGGGGUCAUUGCUUUUCCUUAUAUGACUUAAAAAAUCUACUUUUAAAAAAUCCAAAGAGCUGGAGCUUAAAUAUUGAGCAUGAAACAUCUUCUGAUGAGUGUCUACAAAGUUUGUUUAAAUUAAAGCUCUGGGAUCAAAAUUGGUCCUGUCCUGGGGGUACUUGUCUAUAGUGAAAACUUUAAAAAUUUUCUUUUAAAUAACCCAUAGAGGUAGAGCUUAGAUAUUAAGUAUGAAACAUCUUCUAGUGAGUUUCUACCAAAUUUGUUCAAAUAUAAGCCUCAGGGUUAAAUUGGCCCCGUGCCAGGGGUCUGAUUUUCCUUACAUGUCCAUAUAGUAAAACUUAAAAAUCUGUUUUAAAAAACCCAAAGAGCAAGGGCUAAGAUAUUAUAAGCAUGAAACAUCUUCAAAUGGGUGUCAACAAAGUUUGUUCAAAUAAAAGCCCUAGGGUCAAAAUUAGCCCCGCUCCAGGGGAUCAUUGAUUUUCCUUAUAUAUACAUGUUUAUAGUUAAAACUUAAGAAGUCUUCUUGUGAAAAUCCAAAAAAGCCAGAGCUUAGAUAUUGUGCAUUAAACAUCUUCUAGUGGAUGUCCAGCAAGUUUAUUCAAAUGAAAGCCCCUAUGUCAAAAUUGGCCCGGCCCCCAUGGUCAUUGAUUUUCCUUAUAUGUACUGUAAAUCCUUUUUUUUUCGCGAUGUUUUAAUUUUUGCUAUUUCUUCUGGGGGUGAAAGGGGUUCCACUUAAACCUUUUGUCCUCUUUCUCAGUUGAGCGAUCCAGGAUCCUCUGGGCCCUCUUGUUCCUUUAACUGGCUAUAACUUUGUUGGAUUAACUUCAUAUUUAGACACAACAUUUACUAUACUAGCAUAGACAGUCAAGGUCAGAUAAUUUAAUUUUGCUUAUAUUUUCUUAACUUUAUCAUUUAUAUGUUGAAAUGUUCAUACUUGGACAGAAUAAAAAUGUGACAGACCUAUCAAAAUAAAAAAUAACUAUGUUUUAUGUAUUUGUUUAAACAGUUUAUUUGUUUGCUUUUAAAAAAAGUCGAGUGUUGCCCCGCAGUUACUUUGUUAUAUUCCUUUAGUCAGUAUAAAUCCUGUUGCUGUGGUAAUUGAAAUAGUCAAAGUCAGUCUUUUGAACAAUUUUUGGGAUAACUUAAACCACGGAUUUAUAUUACAUGUAAUGUAAAUCCGUGCUAAAACACAGUAUAUGCUAUUGUUAUAUAGGUGGCUGCAUUAAAAUAGUGCACCUUUUUAGCUGACCUGUCACAAAGUGAUCACAUUUUGUCUGCCGUCCGUCCGUACACUUUUACUGUAAACAACUUUUACCUUAAACGACAUCUCCUCAUAAACCAAUUUCAUCCAAACUUCACAGGGAUAUUCCUUUGGUGGUCACCUUUAAAAUUGUUCAAAAAAUUUAAUUCCAUGCAGAACUCUGAUUUCCAUUGCAACCGAAAGAAAAGCUUAAUACAUCUUCUUUUAAAUGAAACAUUUUCACGUGAGUGUUUACCAAGUUUGACCAAUAAAAGCCCUGUGGUCAAAAUUGGCCCCGCCCCGGGGGUCAUUGAUUUUUCCUUUUAUGUAUAUAGGAAAAACUUGAAAUCUUCUUCUAAAAAAUCUAAAUAGCUAUAGCACAGAUUUUAAGCAUGAAUUAUCUUCUAGUGAGUGUCUACCAAAAUUGUUCAAAUAAAAGCCCUGGGGUCAAAAUUUGCCCUAUCUGUGGGGGUUUUUGGUUUUCCUUAUAUGUAUAUAGUAAAAAAUCAUUAAAAAACCACACAAAUAACUAGAGCUUAGAUAUUAAGCAUGAAACAUCUUCUAGUAGAUGUCUACCAAGUUGUUCAAACGAAGGCCUUGGGUCAAAAUUGGCCCUGUUUUGGUCGGUCAUUGAUUUCCUUAUAUGUUUAUUCUGAUCUUGAUCCUGAUCCGUAAAUCUUUGUGAACAUGGGGCCUUGCAACUUUCCCCAAUCUUGAUUCUUUUCGCACGGUCUCAUUUAUUACAUAAUAUUGUGUAAAAGCCACGCUAACUGAUGCAUGCAUCGGCGUCACAUGAUCCGAGCUCUGUUAUUAGUAUGAUAAGAAUGAUGUACCAUGCGUUUCCAGGCGCGAGGUAAUAAUGUUCAAGUGCGUUACAGAUCAAGUUUUCUUUGUCCAAAAAUAAUAAAAUUUGUCUUGAAUGAGUUAGAAAAGAUUGAUUUCUUGAAAAUCUGCGAAAAAAGUAAAAUGUCAAAUAUUGACCACUAUUUGGAAAUGUCAUGUCACGGAUCGUAUAUAUAUGAAUUUAAGUAAGUGCAGACAAAAGAGCUAUAUCGGAAAUUCAUUAAUAUUGUAGACCACAUACCAAUAGGACAUACAGUAAAACGCAGACAAUACAGUCUAUUUAGUACUAACAAUAAACACAGACAAUAGAAACAUACAGUGUUAUGCAGACAUUUAUCUAUUUUUAUAAUAAAAGUUCUUUUAUAAUCUUUAUUCAUUGUCAUAAAAACGCGGACAAAUAAGGAAUGUUAGUUAUCUGUAGAAAAGGACAUUUAAUGAUUUCUUUCUCUCAACAUCAUGUUUUAUGGGGGUCAUUUAACACGUAGCUGCAAUUAGCCAAUUUAGUCAGAAUCUCUCAAUUUUAUUCAGUUUUACCUGAUCAUCAUCAAUUUCCAGUUUCUCUCAACAACUUAAGCUGUCAUAUUCUCACAGCCACUUGUAACCAAAACUGGCAUUUUCAAUAAACGAGUUGAACAGCAAUAAUUAUUAUAAAACCAGACAAAAUUAUUUCGAUUUAUUUUUGUUCCUUUAAUUUUAUAUAAAGCAGGACGGGAUUUCAUUAGCUUCGAGUGUCUUACACACAACCACUAACUACUUAAUUAUAUUAUUAUUUUGUGUCCGGGAAAUUAAACAUUGAAACCAACGUGAAGUAAUAUCUUCCUUAUUCUACAUGUAUUUACAUUAAAGUGUCGUUUUUUAUUUAUAUAAAAUAUAUCAGUCCCUACAUGUUACAUUAUAUAUACAUGUAUAUGGAUAAAGAGAAAUACUUGGAAAACAUCUUGAAACUGGAAAUAAAAUAACAAUAAAUGUGAUAA